UGUUCCUUUACUGGCAAUUGUAACUAUAAUUACAAGGUCUUCUUUUGGUAUUUCUACAACCAGGCACUUUAAUCACUAGUUACCCCCAGCUCUCUCCCCCCUAAAAACAAUCCCAAUCAAAUUACUCCUUAUCCAAGUGAGAGAGUUGCAUAGCCAGAUGCCAUGUAAAACAUUUACGUGCACUCAGUGUUUACAUGGAACUGAGUAUUCAUAUAACCGACUCUAAUUAGUUUGUGAUGGAGGCAUCGUUAAUUAAACCGUGAUCUUACACUUAAUCGAAGGAAAAUUCGAUCUUUAAACAAAUGACACGUCUUGGCAUUUUGAAAAUCUCAUGGGGCAUCCUUAAUAUAGCAGAAAGUAGGAAAAAGGAUUCUUUGCAUCAUUCAGGCUUGCAAGAAAUCGUGUCCAGCAGCCAUCCAAAUAUAUGCCAGUCGUCAUUCUCUGCAAAACAAACUUAGCAAAUAUAACGUGGUGACAUUAUUAGAUAAAUCACAGCCUGAUAUCUAUGCAAGUCUCACUUUUUAGAAAAAGUAAAGGAACUUUUCCCCUUAUUAUCUGUUAAAGACUAACGAAUUUCUAACUGAUGCAAAAAUGUUAAAGGAACUUUUCCCCUUAUUAUCUGUUAAAGACUAACGAAUUUCUAACUGAUGCAAAAAUGUUAUCUAGGCUUACUCUAUAUAAAGAGCAUAUUAACAUAUGUUAUUCUCAGAUCAUAGUUCUAAUAAUCUUUUUACCCUUAUAUUGAUUUUUCAAAUUUCCCUUUCUCAGUUUUGAUAAAAAAGAUGGAGUUAGGGAAGAUUUUCUUAAUUUCUCUUUUGUUGGCUAUGGCAUUUGGGUUAGUUCAGAGCUUAGAGUUCUCCGAAAAAGACACAGCAUCUGAAGAGAGCUUAUGGCAUUUGUACCAGAGAUGGAGGAGCCAUCACACUGUUUCUCGAGACCUAAGCGAGAAACAAAAACGUUUCAAUGUAUUCAAGGCGAAUGUGAUGCACGUUCACAGGGUGAACAAGAUGGACAGGCCUUAUAAGUUGAAACUCAACGAGUUUGCUGAUAUGACCAAUCAUGAAUUCAGAAAUUUUUACAGCUCUAAGGUAAAACACUUUAGAAUGCUCCAUGGUAGCCAGCCUACUACCGGAUUUAUGCACGACAAGGCUGAUAACCUGCCACCAUCCGUCGAUUGGAGAAAGCAAGGCGCUGUCACUGGUGUAAAGAAUCAAGGCAAAUGCGGUAGUUGUUGGGCAUUUUCUGCAGUUGUUGGGGUUGAGGGAAUAAACAAAAUCAAGACUGGCCAAUUAAUUUCCCUUUCUGAACAAGAGCUUGUUGAUUGUGAAAAGGAUAAUGAAGGAUGCAAUGGAGGACUAAUGGAAAAUGCCUAUGAAUUCAUCAAGAAAAAUGGAGGAAUAACAACUGAGGGGAUCUAUCCUUACAGAGCAAGAGACAGUCGCUGUGAUUCUUCAAAGAUGAAUUCCCCGGUGGUUAAUAUCGAUGGACACGAAAUGGUACCUACAAACGACGAGGAUGCUUUGAUGAAAGCUGUUGCCAACCAACCAGUAUCUGUUGCUAUUGAUGCUAGUGGUUCCGAUCUGCAGUUUUACUCUGAGGGAGUGUUCAAUGGAAAUUGUGGCACAGAACUAGACCAUGGUGUAGCAGUUGUGGGCUAUGGAGCAACUCAUGAUGGAACGAAGUAUUGGAUAGUGAAGAACUCAUGGGGGACUGGAUGGGGAGAAGAAGGUUAUUUUAGGAUGGAACGAGGCAUCGACGUUGAAGAAGGACUCUGUGGCAUAGCCAUGGAAGCUUCAUAUCCAGUCAAGUUAUCCGCGGACAAUCCAAAACCAGCUCCCUCUAAGGAUGAACUCUAGAUAUUGGUUCAUGUAUCUCUGCUUUAGAAUAUAGCAUGCUAAAGUAUUUAGAAAGAACAUUAGGAGACAAAAAAAAGCAAGACAUAUAUGUAAUCUAUCAGUUCUUUUGUAUUGGAUUGCAUGAAUAAAAUGUUUCCUUCCAUGGGGUUGCAAUUUGUAA